AUGACCGUGGGAAAUCAGGAGGUCGUGUCUCAUGAAACACACGCUGCACUCGAUAUACGCCAGCAAUUGUUUGACGUGCAUCAUCGUGGGAUCGGCGGCGGGCGAGACUGGACUGUUGCUGCUGCUGCUGCUGCUGCUGCAGCAGGCCGCACCGCUCAUCAGCCUUAUGGCGCAGGCGCAGGCUGUGAGCCCAAGCCGACCACUGCCUUCGCCCAUGACACACUCCCACACACGGCUUUGUCCUCCUCUGCCCACAACACCGUGUCCAUCAACCACAACGGCCUUUCUGCGCAAUCAAGCAAGGCGUGUCCGGAUUGAUGACAGUGACAUGCUUAAUGUCCGCGACAUUCAUCCCGCUUGCGCCCACACACACGCACACAACGUCAUGCCUGCAAUGACUCCCACGCGCCCCUCCCCCAUCUCCCCGCCGCUUGUCCUGCCCUGCCCUCGACACUUCUGCUUCGUCGCCCCUCACUACUGUAGAGUACUCUAUUGACUUGCCGUCUGCCUACGCAAGCCUCGCCAGCUGACUUGCGGAUAACCGUCUCGCCAAUCUUCCCCUUCAACUUGGUCCAGCAAAUGGGAGCAUCCACCCCGGAUCGUACAGGCUCAGCUCAGCGGGCGGACCCAGUCAACCCGCAUUGUUGACGCCCACCCUCUACCGCUUGCCCCCCUCCCCCCGGAGGGCGUUUGAUCAUCUGGAUGCUAAAAAAACAAUCCUCUGUGUCUGCAUUGGCGGACGGAAGUGCUCUAUCAGGCACCCGCAGCAACUACCCCGCGGCAACCAAGUCG